CAGAAGAGCUGGGGAAAGGGAAACGACACCCUUUGCCCGACCAGUCGCCGGUGCAACGGCGUAACCAUCAGGGAUUAAACCAUACGCGCUCUAGAAAUUAAAACAGCGAAAAACUGUCAUAAAAAUCCAACAGUUUCGGUUACUCUGUCCUGGUUGACGAGAGAUUGUGAAUUCAAUCGUAAAACUGGGUUCUCUCCUAUUAGAACUUGCAGUGCUACGCUCAUCAAUUUUUUCGCUUAAUUUUCUGUCGUUGAACAAAUUGUCAAAGUGUGACCAUUAAUUCAAGUGGAUUGGAAAUUCAAGAAUCAUUAACAGUUGCUGAACCUUAGGAUUGUAGAGCCAGCAACGCGGCGUUAAAAUGUCUGUGGGCCAAGACAACCGAUGGCAAAAGGAUGCGGCUGACCAGAAUUUCGAUUACAUGUUCAAACUGUUGAUCAUCGGAAAUAGCAGUGUGGGCAAGACAUCGUUCCUGUUUCGCUAUGCUGAUGAUUCGUUCACAUCAGCGUUCGUCUCCACCGUCGGCAUCGAUUUUAAAGUCAAGACCGUCUUCCGUCAGGAUAAACGGGUGAAACUUCAGAUCUGGGAUACGGCAGGCCAGGAACGAUACAGAACCAUUACAACAGCAUAUUAUCGCGGUGCUAUGGGAUUUUUAUUGAUGUACGACAUUACCAAUGAAGAAUCUUUCAACAGCGUUCAAGAUUGGUGUACCCAAAUCAAGACUUAUUCUUGGGAUAACGCCCAAGUCAUCUUAGUAGGUAAUAAAUGUGACAUGGAAGAUGAACGCGUCAUCUCCUAUGAAAGAGGUAAACAAUUGGCCGAUCAACUUGGCUUGGAAUUUUUCGAAACAUCGGCCAAAGAGAAUAUCAACGUCAAGGCCGUGUUUGAACGUUUGGUUGACAUCAUUUGCGACAAAAUGUCGGAGAGUUUAGACAGCGAUCCCAAUAUGGUGAACUCAUCAAAAGGAACGCGAUUGACGGACCAAACUCCUGCCCCCAACGCCGGCGCUUGCCAGUGCUGAAUAUCCAACACAAACACUUUUCAUCAUUCGGUUUGACGGUCGAGAAAAUUUAAAACAAGAAAAACUAAGUCAUGACAUCAGUAACAAACGCGUCAAAAUGUAACGAGUUUGGGACUAUACGCGAAAUUUUCCAAUUGUCAGAAGAAAAAAAAAAACUAAAACUUCUUUAGUUUCAAUGUUGCAUUAUAGUACUUUUUUUCCACUAAUAGUUUUCGUUAAAACUAAAGAUCUGUGAGGAGAUUGCUCUCCUACAAGAUCCAAUUCCAGCGCUUUAACCGAAUGGCGCAAGUUGAUGAUUUUCAAUUUUGAUUGGGGACUGUUAAGUUAGACUGGUUUAAUGAAAGUUUGUUUUUAUAUUGUGCUAAUUUUUAGAUGGCUCUCUUUAACAUCAUUUGUAUUUAUUUCUUAUUUUUUUUGUCUUUUUCAACACACAAAAAAAGAACUUUUUCUUCUUAUUGGUUCUAAUAGAAUUAAUAUUUGUCAGUAAAUCAUAUGGGUUGGAAUCAUUCGAGUUCUUUAACGUUUUGAUUCAGGUUUCAUAACGGAUCUUUUCAUCGUUUCACUUCAUUCAAGUCAGUUCAAACGUUUAGUCUAAAAUUUCACUUUGUUCGACCAGUUUGGUUGCGGUGUUUCACACAACAUGUACAUCACUUUUUUUUUUCCUCACUUGUUUCGGAGAGGGUGGGUGACGUCUUUGUAAUUGUCACCUCUUCCAACAUCCCAUCGGUGGCAAUUCAGCGUUCGCAUCAGAAAAAAAAAAAAUUCCAAUCGUCACGGAAUUUUUGAAGGCAAUCUGUUACAAAAAAAAACAUAGGUUAUAGAACAUAUCGGUGUGAGUCUAUCAGCAAACUUCAAUUAAAAAGAAAAAAAAUUGCUGCGUGAAUUAGAUUGUGCCAACGGCAAAUCUUGUUUGUUGUUGGUCUCCAUUUCGCCCAGAUCUGUGUACAAUUCUGUUCCCAAAAAAAUACACUGUAGCAUGUGUCAAGAAAAA